AUGGCUGCCUCAUCAAAAGAGAAAACGGCGUUCUUCGUACCAGAUGGCAAGAAGCACUUCCUAGUGAUGCCAAUGGGGAUACUAAGCGCCCAAGCAUUCUUUGUCUGUGUAACCAUUCAAUUCAAGAAAGAAUGGCACGAGUUGUACAAACGAGACCCAAAAGCAGCACUACAAAAACUACUUGACAUCAUCAACCAGCACAGAGCCGCCAUCACACUAAACCUGGGCGAAAGCGCCGUCAAGGACAUUGAAGCAAAAGUGGCGAUCGCGCUAUUAGAAACGGACGACAUCAUGCUAUUUGACACCAACAUCUUAUCACUGAUCGCAUAUUUUGUAGCCACACUUGAAAUCCUCCAACGAUACAGGGUGACCGUCAACCUAAGAAAAACAAGGUUCCUACCAGCACGGGCAGAAUUUGUAGGACGGGACCUACUGCCCAAUGGAAACACCCCGGCACAAUCCAAGUACUCGACGAUCAAAAAGCUAUGCCCACCGGCAUCAUACUUGGACAUCCAGAUGAUCAACGGACUAUUUGGAUGGUACUCCCAAUGGAUACCACAUCUAGAGGAAAAGAUCCAACGGUGGAGGACCAUGGUGAUGGACAAACCAAAGCCCGGAGAAUGCACAAAAGAAGAGGAAGCAGAACAAGUGAAAGCACA